AUUCAUCCAAGCUGGAAAAGACGUCUGCACUGGUACAAUGGCUGCUAGCACAGCGACGGCGCGUACACCUGCCCCAAAACCUAGAAGACCAUCGGACGGGCAAGGAAGGGGAGCUUCGCCAGACCCAGCUAGGAGAAAGAGCACCGCAAGGAAGACGACUGGGGGGAAGGCACCUCGAAAAGUAAGUAAUCCGAACCCCCCAGAUACGCCAACCCGCAAGAAGAGACGAUAUCGUCCUGGUACUCUCGCGCUACGUGAAAUCCGCAAGUACCAGAAAACAACCGAUCUCCUAUUGCAGAAACUCCCUUUCUCUCGUCUUGUCCGAGAAAUCGCCACAGACAUGACGACGCUGAACCGUGAUGUUCGAUGGCAGUCAUCAGCCCUUCGAGCAUUACAAGAGGCAACAGAAGCCUACCUUGUACACCUUUUUGAGGAUGCCUACCUCUGUACCCUACAUGCGAAGCGUGUCACUCUCAUGCAACGCGACCUUCAACUAGCACGUCGGAUACGUGGGAAAUGGGGAGAUAUUGGGUACUGAGCAGUCUCGAGAGCCAGACCGUUGUUGCGUAUGCCGGUCACGUUACGCUUUUCUUUUUCAGUUAUCCUCCCGUGUACGAUCUGGAUUUUUGGAGUCACCAGUCUGUCGAUUCUCCAGUGCAUCAGCCCUUGUAAU